AUGGCAAAAUCUGUCGAGAUUCUUCUACCUAAUGGGCUGAAGUACGACCAGCCCACUGGUCUCUUCAUUGACAAUCAAUAUAUCCCGGGGUCAGGAGAUGAUUUCACGGUUCUCAAUCCUUCGCUCGAUGAACCCAUCAUCACUCUUCAGGGCGCUUCCGAACAAGAUGUGAACACUGCCCCGUACUCUGUUGCCCUGGAUGUUGACAUAAAUGCAUCAUGCAACGUGUUUAAAUAUUACGCUGGCGCUGCUGACAAGAUCUGUGGACAAACCAUCGAAACCACUCCGGCCAAGCUGGCCUAUGUUCUACAGGAACCCAUGGGAGUGUGUGGUCAGAUAAUACCAUGGAAUUAUCCUUUCAUGAUGCUGGCGUGGAAAGUCGCCCCCGCGCUGGCCUGUGGCAACACCGUGGUGUUGAAACCUGCAGAGCAAACGCCACUCUCCGCUCUGUACUUUGGUAAACUAGUGGCCGAAGCCGGCUUCCCUCCCGGUGUUGUCAACAUCAUACCAGGGUUGGGAUCAGUCGCGGGUAAGGUGCUCGCGGAACAUAUGGAUGUCGACAAGAUUGCCUUCACUGGAAGUACAGAAACGGGUCGCGCUAUCAUGAGAGCAGCAGCCUCGAAUUUGAAGAACAUCACUCUAGAAUGCGGAGGAAAGAAUCCCAGUCUAGUAUUUGAGGACGCAGACCUUGACCAGGCGGUUAAGUGGUGUCACACUGGCAUCAUGAGCAAUCAAGGACAGGUAUGCAUAUCGACAUCAAGGAUUUACGUCCAGGAGAGCGUUUACGAAAGCUUCCUGGAGAAAUUUGUCGAGGUCACCAGGGACCAUCAUCGCAUCGGUGAUCCCUUCCACGAGAAUACCUGGCAAGGCCCUCAGAUCUCUAAGUCACAGUAUGAUAAGAUUCUGUGGUAUAUUGAUCAGGGAAAGCAGGAAGGAGCCCGAUUACUGCAUGGUGGCGUCAAGCACGGGGAUACGGGUUAUUUCAUUGAACCCACCAUAUUUGCGGAUACCACAAAAGAUAUGAAAGUCGUGCGAGAGGAAAUAUUCGGCCCCGUCGCCGUCGUCUCAAAAUUCAGUACACUGGAGGAGGUCGUGGCUAAGGCAAACGAUAGUUGCUACGGCCUCGCUGCUGCUAUUUUCACGGAAAAUAUUGGAAAGGCGCACAGGGUUGCUCGAAAGCUCCAAUCCGGCAUGGUAUUCAUCAACUCAUCCAGUGACUCUCAUUUCGGUAUUCCAUUCGGGGGGUAUAAGUCGUCGGGCAUAGGUAGAGAAUUGGGGCAGUAUGCCCUCCAAGCAUACACCCAGUCUAAGGCUGUCCAUGUCAAUCUUGGUCAGAAGCUGUAA